AUGGGCAACCGACAAUCAACUCCCACCACCAAGACCACUGAUCAGGAACCAGCAACGGCAGUCAACCCCACAGCCGAAAUGCAAGCUCAGAACGAAGCAGAGACAUCCUCGCACAGUCCCUUCCUCGGACUACCACCAGAAGUCCGCGUCAUGAUCUACGAGCAUGUCCUGUCCGAAUUCGAGAUCACCACUGCAGCUCCCAGAGAUCGGGAUCUCGCAGUGCCACUGCUCAACGUCUCCCGAUUUGUCGCAGAAGAAGCCAUGGAGACGGACAAGAAGCGCAUCCUAGCUAGCAAGCAGCAGGCUGCGAAGGAGUUGAAGACUGCUGUGGAUGAGAUGUGUACCAAAAUCAACACCUACCGCCUCCCAGAGUUGGAUGUGCGGCGUCACAACAUUGCUAUAUGUGAGGAGGAGCUCACGAUGAUUGCGGCUGUCAAGCGGGAGUAUAGGAUGCCGUAA